CUCCCUCUCUCUAUCUCUUGUCCUUCCCUCACUGACUCACACACACACACACAUACACACGCACACACACACAUAGGUUCAGUAUGAGACGAGCAUCUUCACCACAAACACCACCUCCACCUCCACCUCCAUACAUACAUACAUACAACAGCAGCCGUAGGAGUGCAGGCCGCCAGGAUGUGUCAGAGGAGGCGCAAGAAGGACCCAUCUUCCACCCUGCCCUUUCACCGUGCGCCCCCCUACCUCAGGAGCAACCCUUUCAUUAUUAAGGGCUACCGGAGCAACCUCUCAACCUCACAGUGCUUCCAGAGUCUCUUCACCUGGAACAACGAGACCCUCAACGUGUGGUCUCAUGUGGCUGGCUUCCUGGUCUUCCUCGGCCUACUGGUGUACGAUGUGACCUACGUGUUCCAUCAGUACAAGGGGACAGCUGAUGACGCCCUGGUGGUGGCCUUCGUGCUGUUGUCCUUUAUGCUGUGCAUGAUGAUGUCCUCCCUGUACCACACGCUCAACUGUCGCUCGGAAGAAUCGUGCCGACGCUGGCUCUCCUACGACAUCUUCGGCGUCUCCGCAUCCUUCCUCGCCAUCUUCCUCAGCGGCAUAUACUACGGCUUUUGGUGCCCCGAGUACCUGGGGCUGCGUAACCUGUACAUGGGUCUGGUCUGCUGUCUGUUCCUGGGGGCCAUGGUCUUCCUGCUGAACCCACGGUUCAUGGGGCGGGACUGGGAUAACACCCGGGUGGCACUCUUCACGGGCUGGGCACUCUCUGGCCUCCUCCCCCUGGCACACUGGAUAUACAUACACGGUGGGCUCGGACCCUCCAUCGUACAGAUGUUCCUUCCCCGCAUCAUCAUCAUGUACCUCAUCAGCGGGGCGGCCGUCGCUGUCUACCUCGGCAAGAUUCCAGAGAGGUACUUCCCAGGCCGGUUCGACAUCGUGGGUGCCUCUCACCAGCUGUGGCACCUCAUCAUUGUGGUGGCUCUGGUCUACUGGCACCAGACCGGCCUGCACUACGCUCACUUUAGGCUGACCUACGGCUGCUCCACUGACCUGCACCUCCACUGAGACGCGCACACACACACACACACAUACAUACAUACAUACACACA